AUGCAAACAUCAGGACGUGGGUAUUACUUCCAUUGUUGGGAAGCACGUGAGCUAAGAUCUCCAAAACGUAAAAUUUACAAUCUAUCUAUCUAUCUAUAUCUAUCUAUCUAUCUAUCUAUCAUCUAUCUAUCAUCUAUCUAUCUAUCUUUCUAUUUCAUCUCUUUUCUUUCUAUCUUUCUUUUUCUAUCUAUCUAUCUAUCUAUCUAUCUAUCUAUCUAUCUAUCUAUCUUUGAUUAUCCGUGUAUGCGUGUGCGUAUUUGUGUAAAAGUGCGUACAUCUGCGUUUGUUCGUGCGUUGAGCUUCUUAACGUAUUCUUCUUUUUGUGUUGCGCCGGUCUCCCCAAGUCGUCUUUUCCGUUUCGGAUUCAAGACAGCGAAAAUAUUUUUUUUUUUAACAUUAUUUGUAUUUAAAAUUAUUUACAUAAUCCUAAAAAUUAAAUCCAUCUAUCUAUAUCUAUCUAUCUAUCUAUCUAUCUAUCUAUCUAUCUAUCUAUCUAUCUAUCUAUCUAUCUGUUUUUCCGAGGCAAAAAAAAAAAAAAAAGGAAGAAUUCAAGAAAGGAAAGCGACCAGCUUUUUUUUCUCUUGA